AUGACGAGAACAGUUAAAUCACAGUAUCUCUGUGCCCGAAAGCGGAAGCGCCAACAAGCUAAGUUGUUGAAGAAGGCGAAGCAUAUUGCAUAUUCGACCAGGACAGAUGUGAAUGAUGUUUAUUCCAAGAUUUCGGGUCGUUCGUCACGGACGAAAAAAGACUUAUCGAAUCAAGUGAAGGACCCAACAAUGAAGCGUAAGGCAAAUGUCAAAAAGUGUUCCAGAGACAGCACAGAACGUUCUUCUAAACCAAAUAAUCUUUUUGAUGAAGAUAUUUAUGAUGACACGAUUGACUACGAUGACAUAGCCAUCAAGAAAUACGCGAAGUUGUUGAAAUUCAACAAAAGGAAAGGAAAAGGUCCUCCAAGGUCAUUUGUGGAUGAUGGAUUGGCAGACCUGCUUGAGUUGUGCCAAUCUCACGAAGAGGAAAACACUCGUUUCUGUUCUGAAAUCGAAUCUGACAGCGAGGACAUCGAAAAAAAUGAAACGAGGCCCAAGAAAGCACAGAUUCAGCUGCAACGUCAGGAACUUCAGGAUUCUGAUUUGUCUUCGAACUCUGUAAAGAUAACCAUGUCGCGCCAGAAGAAAAAAGUUCGCUUUUCUGAUGUGGUGGAAUCAUCAUCCUCUGAUGAUGAUGAUCCCCCAAAGAAAAGGAAGGAAGGGUCGUCAUCACAAGCAGAGAACGGUGACGUAAAGGAAGAUAUUUAUGGACGGUGUACGCGCAGCGACUGCAAUCCCGAAAAGGAAGACAGCACAUCCAAAACCCUCAAUCGUUUGUUGAGUACAACGGGGGAAACUUCGUAUGAAGACAAUGCGGAUCUGGUCAAAGAAAUGAAAGGGCUCAGCGAAUUCAACGUCGUCCCGAUAUACAGCCAUAUCGUUCGCAUGUACGAAAGCAACCCGAAACAUGUUGUUAAAGAAGCGUUCGCUGAAAUCGUCUUCCAGUGCGUUGUCAGAACCAGUCUAACGCCGCCGCGACUGUGUCUCGUCCAGUGCCUACUCGUUGCUCUGCUGCAUUCGAACUGUUCAGCAGAAAUCAGUUCUUUCUUCGUUGAAUAUCUCGUCCACAAAGUAAAAGAUCUGCAACAUGAUAAAUCUGGUGUCGCACUGGACGAUUCGUCCAUCAACAACGUUUACAUGCUGUUCGCAUAUCUUUAUGCUCUUAAGGUGAUAUGCAGCGAGCUGUUCAUCGAUCUGCUGAAACAGUUGGCCAGCUCCUUUUCAGAUAAAGACGCGCAAUUGCUAGUGCUCUGCUUUCAAAGCGUGGGAUAUCUGCUACGAAAAGAGAAAUCCAUGGAUUACGUAAGCCUUGUGAGCCUUAUUCAGGAGCGCAGCAACUCUGUCUCAUCUAACAGCCAAACUUUCCUGAAGGCGAUGGCUUCAGAUUUGGUGGCAAUCUGUGGUAGGAAAGGAUCGAAAGUGCACAACUGCGAUCCGUCCCUCGUCGAAGAGUUUUUGCGUUUGUUGCGCGGCAAUUUACAUGACAAAAGAGCCGAACCUCCGCUGCCGUUCCGCUUGGAAGACGUUGUUCAAGCCCCGGUGAAAGGCAGGUGGUGGAUUGUAGGAUCGUCGUUCGAAAACCGGGUCAGUGCUUCUCGCAGCGAGGAUGGGGUUGCUUCAUCGUCGUCAGUGAAUGACCACAAUUCUACUGGCUACGGCAAAGAAUUGCUGCAACUGGCGAAGGCGAAUCAUAUGAACAGCGAUCUACGCCGUAACAUCUUCUGUACCAUCAUGUCGGCAGAGGACUACAUCGACGCGUUUGAAAAGCUGCUGAAAAUUGUCCUUAACAACCAGCAGGAACGUGAGAUCGUUUACAUCCUCGUCGUGUGCUGCAUCAACGAACAACCGUACAAUCCGUUCUACGGUUACGUGUUGGGAAAACUGUGCCAACACGCCAAGCGAUUUACUUUGACGACGCAGUUCGCCGUUUGGGAUAAACUGAAGGUGCUAAACUCUUUGCAAAAGUUUCAACGACGAAAUCUGGCUUUACUUAUGAAGCAGCUAAUAGUCACUUCAGUGGUUUCGCUUAAGAUUCUAAAGGUGGUAGAAUUCGAAAGCCUGGAUAAAAAAAUGGAAAAGAUGGUCAAGUUCUUCUUUAUACGGCUCAUCGCGGAGUGUACGCCAGAACAGCUGAAAGUUCUGUUCACGUCGUUGGCUGCUAACGAAAAGCUGAGAGUGCUUUGCAACGGCAUCAGCAUUUUUCUGAAAAGAUACGUUUAUAAAAACAGGAAAACAGAGAAGCAGAUGAAGCUGAAUGAUAAGAUUUUUUUGAUUGAAGAAAUCCUUUGCAGAACGGAUCGUAAUUUGCUUUAA